AUGGCGCUGGAACCAUCCGGCAGUUAUGUUGCUCCAAGCAACCUAGAGCAGUCGAGCUCUUCUCUCCCAAUGUUUGACGUCGAACAGGUGCAGUUGGCGUUCUCUGUCGCUGCGGACUUCGUUGCAGCACAGGUCGCGAACAAUGUGCUUGUAUUAGCAUUGUCGACGAACCGUAUUCUCAGAAUUGAUCUGGACUCCCCAGAAGAUGUCGAAGACAUCGAUCUCCCAAAGAAAUCCUCGGAAGUCGGAGUCAUCCGGCGCAUGUUCCUCGACCCUUCGGCGUCCCAUCUUAUUAUUACCACCACCCUUGGCGAGAACUACUAUCUCCAUGCGCAGUCACCAUCGCGCCAACCGAAACUAUUGUCCCGGCUAAAAGGCGUAUCAAUUGAGAGCAUUGCUUGGAACCCCUCUCUGCCUACCGCCUCCACUCGCGAGAUCCUUAUUGGUGCCACCGAUGGCAAUGUCUAUGAAACCUACAUUGACCCGUCCAGCUAUCGGUUGGAGAAGUACCACGCCCCAGUCUUCCAGGUGCCUGGUGCCUCUCCGGUAGUAGGUAUCUCGGUGGAGUCGGUGUUCUCUCGACCAGAUCAAAAGAGGGUCCUUGUUGCAACAUAUGGAAAGCUACUGCAGUUCAUUGGUCGGGCAGCAAUGUCCAAACAUGGGGGUGGUGGUUCUGUGUACUCGGAGCUGUUCCAGCGUGAGACACCAUCAACCCAUGAAUUGCAGCAUUCAUCUGAGUCUGCACCAUCCUCGCUUGUGGUGUCUCCUCCGUCUUCAGGAGGUUCUCAGGUCGACGGAUCUACUGCAAAGGAAUUUGCGUGGCUCAGCUCAGAGGGUAUAUAUCAUGGGCAGCUUGCGACAGAAUCACCAUUCAAGACUGCGAGAAUGCUUCCACGCUCGGUGUUCCCAGCUUCGGAAUCACCACGUGGAGGUCGCAAGUUGAUCCAAGAUCCGAUCUCUGCGAUGACCCUUUCACAGUGGCAUGUUUUGGCUCUCGUCGGGGGCAAAGUUGUCGCUGUCAACCGUCUCAGUCAGGAAAUUGUUCACAACCAACCAGUGUUGGAACCUGGUCAGAGUGCUCUGGGACUUUUGACAGAUCUGACCAAGAACACCUAUUGGCUUUUUACAAGCCAGGCGAUCUACGAGGUUGUAGCAGGUGAAGAAGACCGUGAUAUUUGGAAAAUUUUCUUGAAAGAGCAGAACUUCGAUGAUGCCCUCGAGUAUGCCCGAGGUGCUUCGCAACGAGAUACCGUGAUGACUGCUUGGGGUGACUCCUUAGCAAGCAAGGGCCACUUUGUGGAAGCAGCCAAAGUAUGGGGCAAGAGCAGCAAAGGAUUCGAGGAAGUUUGCCUCACUAUGAUCGACAAUAAGGAACAUGAUGCGCUGCGGAAUUACCUCCUCUCCCAGCUCGCAACAUACAAGAAGGCGUCCCUGAUGCAAAGAAUAAUGGUCGCAAGCUGGCUUGUGGAAUUAUUCAUGUCCAAGCUGAACUCGCUUGACGACAACAUUGCCACUAAAGCCGAGUUGGCCGGGAGCACGAGCACCGGAGAAAUCAAGGACCAGCUUGGUAACAUCCGAAGUGAUUUCCAGGACUUUGUGAACAGCCACAAGGCGGACUUGGACAAGAAGACAGUAUACGAUAUCAUCAGCAGUCACGGGCGUGAGGAAGAGCUGCUGUUCUUCGCAACCGCCACAAGUGAUCACAAUUAUGUUCUUUCAUACUGGAUCCAACGUGAGAGGUGGCUGGAAGCUUUGAAGGUUCUACAGCGGCAAAGUGAUGCCGAUGUGUUCUACAAGUACAGCAGCGUGCUUAUGACACACAAGCCUACAGAUCUAGUUGAUAUCUUGAUGCGCCAGACGAACCUUGAUCCUGAACGCCUCAUACCCGCGUUGUUGAACUAUAACAAAUCCGCCAGUGUCUCUUCACUCAGUCAGAAUCAAGCUGUCCGGUACCUUAACUUCAUAAUUGUCAACCACCCCAACCCAGCGGCAGCAGUCCACAACACUCUCAUUUCCAUACAUGCCUCCAGCUCCUCAACGUCCGAGGCCGGACUCCUGACUUAUCUCCAAUCGCAACCCUCUUCGCCCCCUCCCUACGAUGCAGACUUUGCACUUCGUCUUUGCAUUCAAAACCAACGAGUUCAGUCUUGCAUCCACAUCUACAGCACUAUGGGCCAGUACUUGCAAGCUGUAGCCCUAGCCCUAGAGCACAAUGAUAUUGACCUUGCCGCCAUUGUCGCCGACCGCCCAGAGGGCAACGACAAGCUCCGCAAGAAGCUUUGGCUCCUAGUCGCGGAAAAGAAGAUUCGCCAGCCUGGUACCGGCAUCAAGGAUGCAAUCGAGUUUUUGCGCCGCUGUGAACUCCUCCGCAUCGAAGACCUGAUCCCCUUCUUCCCUGAUUUCGUCGUCAUCGACGACUUCAAAGACGAGAUCUGCACUGCCUUGGAAGACUACUCGCGACACAUCGAUGCUCUUCGCCAAGAAAUGGACAAUUCUGCGCUCACAGCUCGUCAAAUUCGCGGUGAGAUUUCUGGUCUUGAUACGCGCUACGCGAUUGUUGAACCUGGCGAGAAGUGCUGGAUAUGCUCGCUGCCAGUUCUGAGUCGUCAAUUUUUCGUCUUCCCUUGUCAACAUGCUUUCCACAGUGAUUGCCUAGGGAGAGAAGUUCUGGACGGUGCUGGUGGCAAGAAGAAGUACAUUCGAGAUCUGCAGGCACAACUCAGUAAUGGUGAUAUCUCUUCCUCACGGCGGGAAGAAAUCGUCAAGGAGUUGGAUGGAUUAGUGGCCGAAGCUUGUUUUCUUUGUGGUGACCAUGCCAUCAAGCAGAUCGAUAAGCCCUUCAUUACCGAUUCAGAGACCGCUGAGGACUGGGCCCUUUGA